AUGAGUCUUCUGAUGUCUGCUUUGGAAGACACCCAAAAAGAACCAAGAAGACAUCAAAAAGACAUUCAGAAGACACAAGAAGACAUCGAGAAGACACUCAAAAGAGACCUCAAACAGCACUCAAGCAGACAUAAGAAGACAUUUAAGAAGACAUUCAAGAAGAAUUCAGAAGACACUCAAGAGGGCAUCAAGAAGGGCACUCAAAAAGACACUCAAGAAGCAACAAGAAGGGGCAUCAAACAGACACUCAAGCAAAAAUCGGCAGACACCAAGCAGACAUCAAGAAAACAUUUAAAAAGACAACAAGAAGAACUCAAAAGACACUCAAGAGACACUCAGAAACACCAAGCAGACACUCAAGCAGACCUCAAAAAGAAAAUCAAACAGAUACUCAAGAAAACACCAAACAGGGAAAUAAGAAAUCAAGUGACACUCAAGCAGCAUCAAGAAGACACUCAAGAAGGGAACUCAAGAAAAACACAGGGAGACACUCAAGCAGACACCAAAACAGAAAUCGAGCAGCACCAAAAAGACACUCAAGUGCACUCAAGUAGAUACUCAAGAAGACCUCAAACGGACUCUCCAGCACCAAGCAGCACCAAAAAGACACUAAAAACGACACGCAAGAAGCACUCAAGAGCACGCAAGAAGAAUCAAGGGCAUCAAGAAGAAAUCUACUGGUGUUUUUGA